AUGGGGACAGUGGGCCAUGACUAUACGAUUCCCUAUGAAUGCGGCAGUGAGAAUGAUUACGAUGGGCGGCUGGGCGUUCGAAUAUCCGCCAUCUUCGUGAUCGGCUUCGGCUCAUUAUGUGGUGCAUUAUUACCAAUUAUGGCCGCAAGAUCAAAGCGCAUGCGGGUGCCACCUUUGGCCUUCUUCAUAACGAAGUAUUUUGGGUCGGGUGUUAUUAUAGCUACCGCUUUUAUACAUCUGCUGGCGCCUGCUUCGGAUGCUCUCACUUCGCCAUGCUUGACUGGCCCUAUUACGAAUUAUGACUGGGCGGAGGGGAUUGCGCUGAUGACUGUUUUCCUGAUGUUCUUCAUCGAGCUCAUGGCGGCUCGAUUUGAUGUGUUUGGCGAACAGGCACAUGAUGUUGAGGCCUAUGAUCCAGCGAUGGAUCUCAUUAGGCAAAGCGAGAAAUAUGAUGCGGACACCACUGUUCAGACAGCAUCAUCCCAACCGCCAGAGUCCUCCGAGCAAUCAAGCCAAAACGCUGAUACGCUUCAAGCCGAUGACUCUCCCCGAGAAAGUAAAAAUGGGUUUCCCAUGACUCCUCUUCCCAAUUCUCAUUCCCAUAACCACCAUAACAGUGUGCCCGACAUAGAAGCUGGCGAGGAUCCUUCCAAGGUGAUUACUAGCAAUAGCAUCCCGGGAAGGGAAGAUGACUUCAGCUAUCCUCCAGGGGGUGAAGAUCACCUUGGACACCAGCGCGAGCACAUCGACGAUGACCACUUUGCGGCACAAAUGACGGCGAUCUUCAUCCUCGAAUUCGGCGUCAUCUUCCACUCCGUCUUCAUUGGUCUUACCCUAGCCGUGGCCGGCGAGAAUUUCAACGUUCUCUACAUCGUUCUUUCCUUCCACCAAACAUUUGAAGGACUUGGUCUGGGGUCUCGACUGGCGACUGCCGAGUGGCCAAGGAGCAAGCGAUGGAUGCCAUGGGUCCUAGGGUCAGCUUACGGCGUUACCACGCCCAUAGCCAUCGCCAUCGGCCUCGGGGUGCAAACGUCGUUCGCGCCGGGCAGCCAGAAGACGAUGAUCGUGAACGGCGUCUUCGAUUCGAUCAGUGCGGGCAUCCUGAUCUACACGGGCCUGGUGGAGCUGAUGGCGCACGAAUUCAUGUUCAACCCGGAGAUGCGCAAGAGCUCGAUCAAGAUGAUGAUGUUUGCUUUCCUCUGCAUGUGUCUCGGGGCGGGCCUCAUGGCGCUGCUGGGGAAAUGGGCGUGA